ACGGCCCCCCUCAACACCCUCAGCACGGGAACAGUGGUUCACGUCUGUAUUCCUCUAUUCAUUCUUUUUUCCAACCGGCCUAGCUUUGUGUGUCCAUGUCUUCAUCUCUCUCAGUCUGCCUCCCCGUCAGACCUACACUGAGCAUGCACUGCCUGCGUCACUCCUUUUAAGCAGAUGGAGAGGAGGAGGAGGAGGGGGGGAGUAAGACAGAGGGAGAGAGAGCGAGCAAGGGGAGGAGGGAAGGGGAGCUGUGUGUCCCUCCUGCAUCGGCAUCAACAUCACUGCCACGCCAGCCUUCGUCACCAGAAAACAGUGAGGAAGCUUGUCGCACAACAGAGCUUUAAAAAACACACUAUCAGCAGCUCGUCCUGCUCCUUCUCCACCUCCACCAGACGUGCAUCCAUGGACUAGGCUGAGACGAUUCUACGUUUGGCAGGCACAGGCAUCUAAAACCUCCCCCAAGCAGGAGUAGCUCUUUCAGGCAUGACCUGAGAGUAGAGGCCGGAAGCCGCCAGACGCUCUCUGUCAACAUGGGCAACCAGGAGGCUAAGCAAAAGAAAGCUGCAGCAGCAUCCGGUAAUGGAAGCUAUCCUUCCCUGGAUGAAGGAUGGAGAGAGGGAGGAGGGGACACCACAAAGAAGGGAGGAAAGAAACUCCACGGUAAGCACGGAGGAGGUGGAGGGGGGGUGCAUGGCACAGGACCAGGAAAGAAGAAAAACAAAUCUGAGUCUAAGUCCUCCGUUUUCUCCAUCCGGAAGAGAAAGGGCAACCUGAAAGCAAAAGGAGACGUGUGUUCGUCGCUAACAGGCUCAAAGGAGGACGUUUUGGCCUCUCAAAAUGAAGAAUUGGACAGCACAAAAACCCCUGAAAUGUCCGCAGAUGAGCUCGGACAGUCGGACACUGAGGCCGAGAAGAAAAAGAAGCCAGAGCCAGUGAAAAAGAAUGAAGGAUGGGAGCGGAAGGAGAUGCAGCAGAAAGUCUCAACGGCUGCUACAUCACCCACAGAGGACAGAGGGCAGAAGGCGGGGAGCUCUGGUUCGGAUACAGAUCUCUACAGCUUCCACUCAGCAGCUGACCACGAGGAUUUGCUUGCAGACAUCCAGCUCGCUAUAAGGCUACAGCACCAACACCAGCCUGGGGGGGUUAACCCAAUUGUGGAAGUGCAGGUAGGAGGGGAAAAGGAUCCAAACUGGGGAGGAGAGGGAAGGGGGAAGCAAAGUAAUGGGGUAGUUCAAUUAACUCCCCCUGACGUGCCUGACCUGACUCCAGAAUUAGAACUUGGGUCUGAUGCCCUGUCAUUCCUAGAGAUGCCCCCUGCAUCUGGCUCCGUCAAGCAUACAGACCUGCAACAGACACCAGACCUCCCCUUCCACAUGGAGGUGCACGAGAGGAGAAAAGAGAAGGAUUGGGUGGAGCAUCCUGAGCUAAGUGAGAAGGGGCAGAGAGAGAGAGAAACCUCUCUUUGUGUUGCCACAGGCACAAAAGACCAGCAAGCUUGGGUGGAGCAGCCCCCUCACACAGCCAUCACCAUGGCUACCGGCAGGGGGGUAGCAGUCUGCCAGGUCACCAUGACAACCAAUGGUAACAGCUUCCCUGAUUGCACAUUUGACAGUGGUGGGAUGACCCCAGGGGGCACAGAAGAUACAGGAAGUGAAGAAGAGGAGAAGGAGUGCGUGUUGGAUGUAGGCCACAGUCCUCCACCCACAGACAGCCCCCACAAAAGUCCUGACCCCACUGAAGGGCUGAGCUCAGGAAAUGUGUUCGAAGAAGGUGAGGUCCAUUUAGGCUCGGGUACCAGUGUCGAGUCACUUGAGGACUCCCUUAGUGCUGGAUCUGAAUCCAGGGACUCUGCUGCUGGCACCAGUUCCUCCCCGUCCAAGAAGUGCAGGAGGAGCAGCGUGUGCUUCACCCCGCUGCCUCCCCAGGAGAGCCCUACACUGGCCAAACGACUCCUCAGGUCCACCCAAUCCUCCACCUCCUCUAGCACUGUAGUGAAACCCUACCCUCCAAUCUUCCCUUCCUACAUCAAGACUACCACAAGACAGCUCAGCUCCCCAGGACACUCCCCAGCCCUGUCCCCCUCCCACAGCCCCCUAUCCCCGCGCAGAGCCCACCAUCACCUCCACAGGACGAUGCACGAGGGCCAUCAAGCCCGCAGGCAGCGCUCUCGAAGCAUCGCUGGGCCCCUGAGUCGCUCGGCCGACUGGACGGAAGAGCUCGAGAGACGGCUGAGGGGCAGAGAGGAGGAUGGUGGAUGUUCGGGGGAGUACCUGGUGGGCUACAGAGGAGGAGGCAGCCAACCCCUCUGUGCCACCAGAAGAUCUUCCUGCGGACAAGUUUCUACCUGUGGCUUUCAAGACGUCUUCACAGGUCGAACUCUUCUGGAGAAGCUGUUCCUGCAACAGCAGCAGGAGGAGCCCGAGGAGGCUGAGAGGCUCUGCUCCAGGAUCUUGGCCAUGGGUCUCCUGUUGCCUUUUACUGACUGCUUCAGAGAGCAACUGGGAGGCAGCACCGCCUACAUCCCCUCCACAGCUUCAGCCAAAUUUGACCAUGACCAGCUGUAUACGUGGGCAGCAGUUAACCAGCCAACUCAAUCCGUGGAUUCCCUUGAAGGAAAACUACCGGGGCAACUUAAGGGCCACUGGUUUCCAGCCAAGCCCGGCGGAGACAUCGGGCCUGGACUCAAAUCCACAGAAGAAGAACACCAAACAGGCAUCUUGGAUGUGACACAGCAGCAGAAGGAGAGCCAAGAGGUGGAACAUGUCCUUCCUUCAGCAAAACUGAAGGAGAAACACAUUAAUGUCAUCCAACAACUGGAACAAACCAUAGAAGAUCUCAGGACAAAGAUUGCCGAGCUGGAGCAGCCCCUUCCGCUGGACAAAGACAUUGUGAAAGCCUGCCCCCCCACCACGGACAGGGAGUGUGGUGGAGAGGAGGGCCUGCUGAGGGUGGUGUGUGACGCUCACCUGCAGACGGAAGCAGCUCUCGCUCUCGGCUGCCUGGAGGCCAAGUCGGUGCAGACCUCGCCCAUGGACGAGGGCUUCAGGUUCAACGUGCCUUCUGGUGAGCCGAGCAGCGUGAGCGGGCAGGACGGCUCUCUGUGUUCAUGUCAGCUGCAGCCUCCACCUCCACCGCCACCUCCUUUGCCAGGAGGCGCAGGACUUCCUCAUCCCGCUCCCCCGCCACCUCCUCCUACGCCACUACCAGGAGGCUCAAUGACAGCUCCUCCACCUCCACCUCCAUUACCUUUUGGUUCAGCAUUUCCUCCACCUACACCCCCUCCUCUGCCACUUCCAGGUGGCCUUGUUCCACCCCCACCCCCUCCUCCCGCCCCUCCUCUCCCUGGGGGCAUAGCUCCACCUCCUCCACCAUUACCAGGAAUGGGAGCCCCACCUCCUCCUCCUCCUCCACCACCACCACCACCCCCCCCAGGUUGUGGGCCUCCUCCACCCCCUCCGCCACCAGGGGGCAUGUGUGCUGCCCCAGGUCUUGCAGGAGCUCUGGGCUCCCUGCCUCCUCCUCUGCCAAUGGGGCUGUAUGCUCUAGGUCUGACGCAGGAGAAGCCAGCCAGAAAGGCGGUGGUGGAACCCCCCAGACCCAUGAAGCCCCUUUACUGGACCAGGAUACAGCUGAACACCAAAAAGGAAGUUUCUUCUUCGUUGGUGUGGGACACAAUCGAGGAGCCUGACAUGGACUUUGAGGAGUUUGUAGAGUUGUUCUCCAAAACAGCCGUGAAGGAGAAGAAACAGCCGCUCUCUGACACCAUCACCAAGUCCAAGGCCAAACAGGUUGUCAAGCUCCUGAACAAUAAACGCUCUCAGGCGGUAGGAAUUCUCAUGUCGUCCCUGCAUCUUGACAUGAAGGACAUCCAGCUUGCCAUCCUGAACUUGGACAACACAGUAGUUGACCUGGAGACCCUGCAGGCCCUGUACGAAAAUCGGGCACAACAGGAAGAGCUGGACAAGAUUGAAAAGCACAUUAAGGCCUCAAAAGACAAGGACAACGCUAAACCUCUGGACAAACCUGAGCACUUUCUCCACCAGCUCUCCCUGAUCCCGAACUUCUCCGGCCGAGUCUUCUGCAUCCUCUUCCAGUCCAGUUUCUCUGAGUGCAUGUCAUCCAUAAUGAGGAAGCUGGACACCCUACAGAGAGUAUGCAAGGCUCUGCAGGACAGUCCAACAGUGAAGCAGGUUCUCGGCCUGGUUCUGGCUUUUGGUAACUUCAUGAAUGGUGGUAAUCGAACCAGAGGCCAAGCGGAUGGCUUCACACUCGACAUCCUGCCCAAACUCAAAGAUGUUAAGAGCAGCGACGGCAUGAAAAGUCUUCUGUCCUACAUUGUUGCAUACUACCUCAGACACUUCGAUGAGGAUGCUGGUAGAGAGACAUGUGUGUACCCGCUCCCUGAGCCUCAUGACCUGUUUCAGUCCUCACAAAUGAAGUUUGAAGACUUUCAGAAAGACCUCAAUCGACUCAGGAAGGACUUGAAAGCGUGUACAUCAGAAGUGGAAAAGGUGUGCAAGGUUUCAGACGAGGACAACCUGCAGCCCUUUAAAGGCAAGAUGGACGACUUCCUUGCUCAAGCUAAAAGUGAACUGGAGACCCUGGAUUCUCAACUGAGCAGCACUCAUAAAUUGUUCCUGGAGCUCACAGUGUUCUUCUCCGUGAAGGCCAAGUCAGGAGAGAAGGAGCCGUCACCAAACACUUUAUUCUGCGUCUGGCACGAGUUCUCCUCCGACUUCAAAGACCAGUGGAAAAAGGAGAACAAAGUCAUACUCAAGGAGAGGCUAAAAGCAGCAGAAGAGUGUUUCCGACAGGCCAAGGAGAAGGCUUCUUACAGCGUCAAACCAAAACAUGCCUCUGGCAUUAAAGCCAAGCUUGGCAUGAAGAUCUGACUCAAUGGAACGUGGAAUAUGUGUUUUUCCUUGACUUUGGGAGCCAGCCGUGAGUCACCUAUAAAAAACUACGGAGAGGAUAAAAGAGAAGAAUGAAGGGAUCUAUGUGCAGCUGGGCAUGCAGUGUGGACAUCAUGUUUCAUUGGUUUAUUUCAUGCUCUGCUCUUCAGCUGUCUGAUCCAACACAAUUCUGGAUGGAUGCUGUCUGCAAGGCCACCAGGCACCAGGAAGCAGGGCUGGACACCACAAGUAAACAUCAACUGCAAUAACAACAGACUACAAACUAAAUUGAUAAUAUAUAAAAAUGUAUCACUAAUUAAGCGUUUUCAGCAGAAUGAUGAUUCCACACAACCCAUGCCAUCAAUAUUAUUAAAACCAGGAGCCUACAUGAUUAAAAUCUUAAGGAUUAUGUAAAACCACCAAGCAUACAGAUGAUCCAGAUGUUGACACGUGCUUGCAGUAAGAUCCUGUGGACAUCAGCACAAGGGGUGGGACCACAAGCGGGAACAUUGUUCAUCCUCACUAACACAGAUGGACGUACAAUUAUGAAGUCGCGGUGCGUCACUUGAUGGAUCGCAGGUUUGAUCGAGUCCACACAUGUUUUAAUUACUUCUCUACUCAAACUCUCUGUCAUACACAUCAGCAGCAGGACUGAGGAAGUUGAAGUCAAAUGUUAAGUUGGCCUUUAAUAUUUGGGUACUCGCUAAAAUAUUUGGACAGUUAGAUGGCUUUUAUGUUUUUUUGCCAAUUUGACAUUUUAAAACAUUAUACAAUGCUAAAUGAUUAAUGAUUCAAAUAUUUUUUUUAGGAUUUGAGGCAGUUUUAGUAAGA